AGCACGCCGCCCUAACGGCGCUCCGUCACUCGAUCGCGUAAAUAAUUCUGGACACGAACCUCUUGGCUGUUUUAUACUGGAUUACUUAUUAUUCGAAGUUCAAAGUCCAGUUCGCACUUAAGUCGAGAUCGGCUCUAUAUUGUCCCACGGGAAACUUUUGAAAGGUUUCGUGACAGUUCUAAGUAUUUCAGUGUUAUGUGGCUCUCCAGAAUUAUGUUUCCUUGUUUGAGAUGAAAAUGCCUUUUCCUACGCCGAGACGAAGACAUCGUUUUGUUGAGAAAAUAUUUUUCACGCUGUGAACGGAAAAGAUGUCUGGUACAGAGACAGGCGGGAAUUCCACGGCACUGGCGUACUGCAUGCCUGCUGGGCCUAACUUCCAACGGAUGUACGUUAAAGUGCACGGAUAUAUAGCACUGAUCAUCUGCUUACUGGGUUCCGUGGCUAACUCCGUAAACAUCGCAGUACUUAGUCGCAAAGAGAUGAUAUCUUCGACGAACUCCAUCCUUACGGCUUUAGCUGUCGCUGACCUCCUAGUCAUGAUUGAUUACGUACCCCUCGCUCUUCAUAUCUACACGAACAUAGCUGAGGAACUCAAUCGCAAUUCAUACGCUUGGGCAGUUUUUGUGUACUUCCAUUCCAUAUUUAGUCAGACUUUCCAUACGAUAUCGAUCUGGCUGACAAUAACACUAGCAGUAUGGAGAUUUGUAGCGAUUAAAUUUCCGCAGAAAAAUAAGACGCUAUGUAACAGAACGAAUACCAAUAUUGCUAUAGGAAUAGCGUACUUUGCAUGCCCAAUUUUGUGUUUUCCCAUUUAUUUCGCCAUGUAUAUUCAGGAGCUACCCAAAAAACAUGAUGACGGUGGCAACAGCACUGUAAAUAAAACUGAGUUCAUGAACAUAUCCGAGCCGAUGUAUGCUAUAUCCAUGACCCAUAAUGAAAGCCUACUGACUGCGAUAUUUUGGAUAUACAGUGUGUUUUUGAAACUUAUACCUUGUGUAGUACUAUCAAUUUUGAGUGUGUGCCUAAUUUUAAAAAUGAAAUCAAGUGACAGGAGGAGGCAGAAAUUGUUGAAAAAGUCUGCAAUCGUAACCAAGGAGGGUGAAAAGACUCGUCUACAUGAUGACGGUGGUAAGAAAGCUGGUGGUGGCGGUCGCACUGACCGUACGACACGCAUGCUUGUCGCACUGCUGGGCCUCUUCCUCGCUACAGAACUGCCGCAGGCUUUGUUUGGUCUUCUGACAGCCAUUGCACCGCAUCUAUUUCAGAUAUGUUAUUAUGCAUUUGGUGAGGUGAUGGAUCUAAUGGCUCUGGUCGGCUCUGCGGUGAACUUCGUGCUGUAUUGCAGCAUGAGUCGCCAAUUCCGGUCUACGUUUACACGUUUAGCGGGCAAGGUGUUACCAAUGCCUAUGAACCGCCGCGACAGUGAGCUUGCGACCACUACUACUACGUCCGUUAAAGCGUAGCGAGCACGAUCCGCGGCCACUACGGUUGCGGAGCUAUAAAAAAUUAAAUGGAGGUAUUAUUACGCGAGCCACAC